AUUGUAGAGGGUGGCCAAGACGCGGGGUGGGUGGGUGGGGGGCCGAGAGGAGCUGAUGAGCGCCACAACAACAACCACAACAACAAAACUCCGACCGGCUACAACAAACAACAACAACAACUCGCACCGUCCACUCGGCGCUCUACCGCGCGUGGUCUUCUGCUGCGGGCAGGCACGGCCUCGCGCCCGUGUGAUGAGCAGCACGAGGUUGUUGUGGUGGUGGUGGUUGGAGAGACGCCUUCAUUCUGCAAAAUAUUUGUGACGCGUGGAAAAGAGAGCUCGCCAGAGGAACUGUGAAAAAAGCUUCAUAGCAUCGGAUUCCUCAAAGACAAAUAAAGAUUGUGAAAGAGUCUGAUAUUUAUGCAGCGGUGGUGGGACAUGGGGUCAUUUCGAUAUCAUUAGGCCAAAUGUAAAUGGUGACUCCUCUGAGAAGACGGAGUGGAUGGAGAGAUUGGGUUUCUCUGUGACGCCUUCCUCCUGAACACUCGUCGGAAGGUCAUGGGGUUAGAGCCAUCAUACUGCAACGCAAUACUUUUCUAAUAAUCAUGUUAGAAUUUCAUUCUAGCCGAUAGAGACGCCAAAGCCUGAUAUUGUCUCCGACGGUCUGUAGCCAUCGGCAGACUAGAAUUUGUGUUUGAAGAUUUUUUUAAAUAUUUUUUAUGAUAUACACUUUUAAAUGUAACCUUCACUAACCUGCUUCCGUACCUUCCUUAAAACCCAUUUCUUCUCCCUAGCCGAUCCUACUGCUACUCCCUGCCCCCGCCCCCAAGCUACGACCAGGCCUACCCCUACCACUACCCCUACCCUGACCCCUAUCACUACCCAAACCCCUCCUUAACUACUCCCCGCCUCUUCUGUCAACAUAACCACACCACCACUUUUAAUAACCCCAAUCUUCAACCACUAUCAUCUUAUGUACAAUUUAGUAAGUGUUGUAAAGCACCCUGGAAUAUACGAGAUAAGAAGUAUACAUUCAGUUUUUACAUCUCUCCGGUACUGCAGACGUUUAACGGAAGAUUAUUAGUCUGAAAAAGAGCUCCUAAAAUGUCGCUGGGAACACCAACGAGCAACGAUGCUUGCCUCAGCAUUGUGCACAGCCUCAUGUGCCACCGGCAAGGCGGGGAGAGUGAGUCCUUCUCGAAGAGGGCCAUCGAAAGCCUCGUCAAGAAGCUGAAGGAAAAGAAGGACGAGUUGGACUCUCUCAUCACGGCCAUCACCACAAAUGGCGCUCACCCCAGCAAGUGCGUCACCAUUCAGCGGACGCUUGAUGGCCGGCUGCAGGUUGCCGGUCGAAAAGGCUUCCCACACGUGAUCUAUGCUCGCAUCUGGAGGUGGCCUGAUUUGCACAAGAAUGAGCUGAAGCAUCUCAAGUUCUGCCAGUACGCCUUUGACCUGAAGGCCGACAGCGUCUGCGUUAACCCGUACCACUACGAGCGGGUCGUGUCUCCCGGCCUAGGUACUGGCUUAGACCUUGGACAACUAACACUUCAUGGAUCUCCACCGGGUGGGCGACUAGUUAAGGAGGAGUUCAUGCCGGAGUGUGUUCCGGUGGAGGGUCCCGGCCCAUCGCUGCACGUCCCCGACGGUCACUCGUCCAUACAGAUUAUCCAGCACCAGCCAGGGGGGGGCGCCCUGCCCGUGGGACCAGCCUCUGGGCCCCCCUCCUCUCAGCAACCCCCGGCAACCCCCUCCUCCUCGAGCGGGGAGCCGUCAACCUCCACAUCUACCUCGGGAUUCCCCGCUCUGCCUGCAGGCCAAAGUGGCUCAUUACUGCCCUUGGUCCAGGGAGACAGGAUCCUACCCAUAUCGAGCAGCCAGCAACAAGCCAACCAACCCAACGGAUUUGCAGCUCAAUCGCAGCCUUUCCACAAGGAGGAGGAGGUAACCAACGUAAGCCCCAAAGCAGGAACUACACCGUCCCCUGCCAGUAGCGUCACAAACUGGACGGGCAGCAGCACAGCCACCUACACCCCCUCGAUGGUCCACCAUCAGAACGGGCCCUUGCAGCAUCAUCCUCCCCUGCACCACCCCAACCACUACUGGCCCUCUCAUCACAACGAGCUCACCUUCCAGCCGCCAAUCUCUGCACACCCGGCGGGGCCAGAGUUCUGGUGUUCCAUCGCCUACUUUGAAAUGGACGUGCAAGUGGGGGAGACCUUCAAGGUGCCCUCCAGCUGCCCCGUGGUGACGGUGGACGGCUACGUGGACCCGUCGGGAGGAGACCGCUUCUGCCUGGGCCAGCUGUCCAACGUCCACCGUACCGAUGCCAGCGAGAGAGCGAGGUUGCACAUCGGCAAGGGCGUUCAGCUGGAGUGCCGCGGCGAGGGGGACGUGUGGGUGCGCUGCCUCAGCGAUCACGCCGUCUUCGUGCAGAGCUACUACCUGGACCGUGAGGCAGGCCGCGCGCCGGGAGACGCGGUGCACAAGAUUUACCCCGGCGCCUACAUCAAGGUGUUCGACCUUCGCCAGUGCCACCGGCAGAUGCAGCAGCAGGCGGCCACGGCGCAGGCGGCUGCAGCGGCGCAGGCUGCGGCGGUGGCCGGAAACAUCCCCGGGCCGGGCUCCGUUGGGGGCAUCGCUCCUGCCAUCAGCCUGUCGGCGGCAGCGGGCAUCGGGGUGGACGACCUUCGCCGGCUCUGCAUCCUGCGCCUCAGCUUCGUCAAGGGCUGGGGUCCCGACUACCCGCGGCAGAGCAUCAAGCAAACUCCGUGCUGGAUCGAGAUCCACCUGCACCGCGCCCUGCAGUUGCUGGACCAGGUGCUGCACACCAUGCCCAUGGCCGACCCGACCCCGCUCGACUAAGAGCUCGCGGGCGGCGCCGGCACGGCACGCGGCAGCGUGGGGGCGACUCCUCGCGUACCGCCCGAGCCGACGAGCCGUGUCCCAACGAGCCGCGUCAUCGUCCAAUGUGGCGCCGCGGUGGUGGGCGCCCCGAAGGAUUCGUCACUCGCCUGGCUUCUGCGGAGAAGGGAACGUUUUGGUUUAUUUCGCAGACGAGGAGUACGUGAAAAGAUGACGCUGCGAAUGAUUGUGGUGCAACGCAGCGCACACUAAACCGUAUAUGAACCCGUCGACUUAAACACGAGGUGUCGCUUUUCUUCACCACACACUCCCCCCAGCCUUCUGUAUUUGACUUUUUUAACCACACUCGAUGAGAGAGACCCUACGCGCCGCGGGUAAGGGAGCAUUAUUGAUGACGAAAGUGAUUGUUCACAGAAGGACAGGGUUAUCGUGUUGCGUGCCAGAGGCAGUGGCUGGGGGGAGUGGUGCAGAAGCAAUACAGCAGGAUGUAGGGGGACACAGACACAGGGCUCUGUGCUGCCUUCCAUGGGCACCCUCACUUGAAACAUCGCCCAGCACUCGUGCUGGGUGGUGCAUGUGCUGUGGGGUGUGGUCUCACAAGAGUCUUGCUGUGUAUACAAACGCUGCAACACAUCAUAGAGCAGAAUAACCAUUCGCCGUGGUUGUGGAGAAUAUAGAGAACAAAGUAAAUAAGCAGACGAUACGUCUCCUUCGUAUAUUUAUCCCUCCGUGUAUUUUUGUUUUUACAUAUCCCAUCACAAGCAAACUGGACCGCUUUCAACAUUCAUUGUCUUAUCAGCAGCCCAAUCAGGCUUAUGUAUGUUGAGCUUCAUUUGCACCAUACGUAGCCGACCGUGCUGAUUGGAGGUGCUGCUGAAUUGCCAUUUGUGCGCAAGGAUCCUCUGUUAGAGAUAUGUCUUAAAUAAAAUAAAAUUGAGUUUUUUUUAAAAUAAGAAAUUACACAAAAUAAUCAUGAGCAGCGUGGAGAUUAUAAGAAGGGACAGAUGUGUGAAGGAGGCACAUUGCUUGUUUCGUUGCUCGUAUUUUCGACAAACGAUGCAAAUUAUUAUUAGGUGUUAAUGAUGGAUCACACUGGGAUUGUUGCUGUAUUACACUUAACGCAAUACAUUCUACACAACACUGCGCAAUGCUGAACCACGACUACACUAUAUCACACUUGAAUCCAAUUAAAGCGCACCGCUGUAACUGCUCCCCGUCGUCAUUCACGGAGGCGCGACGUUCAGCUCCGUUUUCAUCUCCGUUCCAUUCACCCCGUUCAGCUUCUGGACCCGGGGAAGCAGAGCUGUUUGAAAAUGUUCUCCUUGCAUCUUCGCGUGUCCGCCGCGUCGUGCGAGGUCGCAGCCCGUCGUAGCGUUCCGCAGUGUUUGUCAACAGCUGCUGCACGGCCCAGUGGGCCCCCUGCUCCGGCCUCGCUCUCUGUGACCGCGUGAGGCAGCGAACGGCCCUGCCGUGCGGUGAAGAGCAACAGAUGUGUUCAUUGCAGUGUCCGGAUUUCCAGCUCGUUAUAUAUUUUGACACCUCGCGCCUUUUUUUUUUUUACACAUUGGAAUACAUUUUAGUUUCUUUGCCAUCCCGACACGUCAGCUACGAAUGUCUUUUCACGGUACAAGGUAUUAUUGCAGAUGUUGCGAUGCUAUGAAAAAAGCAGUGCCCGUCAGCAAUGUGAAUUCUAACCAACGCAACGAGGUUUUUUUUUUUUUUUGAACACAUCCAGCGUCUCUAGGAAGUGUGGCAGUCUUGGGAGUGGCACCGAAGUGUCUUCUACUUGUGGCCAGCGGAACCUAUCGGGGCCCUUGGCACUCGGUUGAUUUGGAUCACUGCGGCGGCGGCUGCAUCACAAAGUUUACCGCUCCAGGCGAUUUGUAAUAAAUAUCCAUCCCAAUUAUGCGCGAAGACAUAGGUUAGUCUAACGUCACGUGUGUUGCUCGUGGGUAAUGUAAAAGGCACUGCACAUCCUCGUGCAAUGCGAGUGUUUAAUAUGUUCACCGAAAAGGUCUUCAACGACGCCGAGGUUGAACGCGUCCCAAAAUCGUGCAGCGAGUGUCGUGUAUCCACGUGUGGUAUGAAUAUAUCUCCCGUUCAUGAACUGUACAGCAACACACUACAUGUCACUGUGGGACACGAAACUGUGCAGUAGCACGAAUUGAGCCACGAGUGUUUGGCUAGUGAAUGAGUUCAUUGCCGGGCAUUUGCCUUCACACACAAGGCGCCUCUGUGCUUGCAUUCAUGGCACCGGGCAUACAGCUCUUCUCACCCUGUCACCGGCAUCUUGUCGACAUAUAGACACCCUCCGAUAGGAUCCUACAGCGACGAAUCUGUCUCUGGGAGCAUUAAUAUGGGCGUGUCCAUUAAGAACAUGCAUGGUAUGUUUUAUGAGCAAUUUAAAAUGGGCCGAUUCUUUCCAUUCGUGACUGGGAACAGCCCCCGAAUGCAUCUACAGGCCGGAAUGCACCGAUACUACCCAAACCGUGCCCCUGCCGCUCCCACUCCGCACCCCUUCGUGAUCCACCUCGAGAUGGCAUACUUCUCUUGGAUAGCUCGGGGUGAGAACUCCAGAGACCAGGUUGAGUGAUAUGCAAGAGUGACCUGGGUAGAAAUGUUGCUGUGGCCAGGGGGUGGGUGGUAGUAGUAGGUAAAAUAUAUUGUUUUUAUACUUGGUUUAAGCAAACUUCAAAUGUAUAUACGUAUGUUGAACUUAUUUUGCACCGUACGUAGCCAACCGCGCCAAUCAGAGGUGCGGGCGAAGGACAAACUGAAAACACAAAAAGCAGCUCUAAAGACAAUAAUGUAAUGGUAGGUUAGGUUAGCAUAAUUGUAUAAAAAGCCUUCAUUUUAUAUUUCUUUGCCUUGUCGUUUGUAAACUUAACACAACUGAGCGGAAGAACCAAUCGCGUGGCAUCAUAGCCGCUUAUGGUGAACGCAGUGUCACCGCGUCAUACCGUUUAAUUGUCUUGACUGACAAAACGUGUGACGAAAAUAAUGAUUCACCACAACUCUGGCCCCGGCAUAGCCCAGAGCCAGAUUCAGAUGUCUCGAGGCCAAGCUGUAUCAGGGUUUAGUUCUGGGUGCGGCCCAGCAAAUAACCAGUGGGGGGGGGAAAAAAACACCCUUCCCCUGAGGUCUGCUCCGUGCUGGCGCGGCCCGAAUGUGCCAGUGGAAACGUGGCAUUGGAUGAACGGGCACUGCCCCUAGCGGUGGGGGUGGAGAGGGGAGUGAGGCUCGCUUCGUGGUGACACCCGACGCGCUCGCGCUCCCUGUGCACGGGCACGACACAUUUGGGCUGCCGUGAAAGGUGUUCAACUCCACUUAACGGAUUUGCUUUGAUUCUCAACGAUAACGAGCUCGUGUUUUUGCGUAUCGGCAGUUGUGCGCACAGUAACAGUCGCGCGCUAUCCCACUUUUUUUUUAAUAUAUAGAGGCAGUUGGGUACAGCCAUGUGCCUUUCAAUUCAGGGAAUUCAAUUUUUUUUUGCAGGAGUGGGGGGGAGGGGCCGAUUAUUGUCGCGCAGAUUCCCAACAGAGUAAACUCGCGGGUACAUUUUACAAUGCGGAACGUUUGACCACGAGGGUGGAGUCGCUACCCCCCCCGCGACCCAAAUUAACUUCGGAAAAGCGGGCCGAUUAUUGAUCGAUUGACGCCGACAGAAAGCAACGUGCUACUCUUGCAUAUGAACCUCGCAGGAUAUAUUUACCGGCCACUGUUAAGCGGAGUGUUUUUUUAUGAUGGUCAACGCACCGGGGGAAACCGCGAGCCUCCGCGAUGAAGCGGCCAACGUGUUACCGCUCGUUCUAGAUUUGAAGUUUUGGUGACAGCAGCGAUCCAUACUCGUUGGUUCUUUCGGGAGAGUCACGUAGGUAUAAAAUAUCGUUACCGUUCGCCGGCCGCAUCACUGCCUUCCCCACCCCCCCCACGUGGCACAUGACAAUUUAAAUCACAAAGCGAAUAGCAAAUGCAGGUUUGUGUGACCCGCCGUCGUAGCCAGCUGUGUUAGACAUUGAACAGUGUAUAUGAUUUAGAGGCAGGAUUUAUGAGGAAUGUUUUAUGUUUUGAUUAACGUGCCAACUGUUACUUGUCCAAGUCGGUGCCGAGCGUUGAAUUAUAAUCGGCUAUCCUUCAUGAUGUGAAUACAUUGAACUGUAUUAUAUACCGCAGUGAAUUUGAAAAUGUACCCUACGCAACACAUUGCACAUGUGCAUCCAUGCUCACCACACGAGAUCGAACCACAAACGUCAUGUCCAAAGUACGUCUGCACCAGACCCACUAAACCGUUUCUGCGUUGCGUUAUAUCCCAUGCAUUGCACCACCACACUUCACAAUGCACAACGCCACCUAUUACAUAAGUUCACGUAAAAAAAUGCUUUCAAUUGCCUGGAAUAAUGUUCCCUUUUAACUGAUCGGAGGCAUGCACACUUAUCUGUGAGCAUGACCGUAUGGUGGGUGACGUGCGGCCUUGAAGGCAAAUGCAACCUGGCAACCUCUCUCUAGAUCUGAAAAUUGGAUUGUAAAUGACAUUUUACAACUGGGAAGAAGAGAAUGCAGACGAACAGUGUCAAUAUCAUAUCAAAGGUGGUUUCCUUUAAUAUGAUAUUUUUUAUUAUUAAGAUGCAGAGGUAAUACAAUUCACCCAGAAUCUUCCAGCAGAAUCUGUAUUUAGACUGGAGGAAUCCGAUGAGCUAUACGAACCGCUUUUUCACAGAUGUCCAGUAGCUGCAGAACCACGAGUGCAGACCCCAGUGCAGUACCGUCUAAUGGAAAUAAUGGCGUAAAAAUGUACCAGUGUUGCAUAUACCCAAUUGUACAAUAACGGUAAAACGCAAGUAGUGGAGUCAAGCAAGCUAUAUUUACACUUGUGAAGCAUAAAUCACAUGUUCGGAACGGGUGCGGCAGUCCGCCCACAUUUUUACAUAUUACCCGACUCUACCUUACAGCCACAUGCUUUGCAUGCACGGAUUAAUAAAACGCGGUGGCGCGGAAUGGAAUACAAGGUCAUCAAAGCUCCUUUGGUUACGUGACAAAAUUCUCCAAAUGUUACCAAAUGUGUUUUUGUUCUCUCUGUUCCGCAUGGCUCCGAAGGCAGAGGACAUACUCUUAAGAGCACUUGCACGUUUGUAUCAUCCAGAUUGGACAUGUCAGCAAACGGUGCAUUGGUGAAUUUGGGCAGUCACGUUUUCCCAAAGGUCAAUUAAAAAGUAUGAACAUUAAAUCAGCUUGUAAAAAAAGUAUUGUCAAUUCGCCUUGAAACCGGAAAAUGCAUUGUUGACAUAAUCGACCUGAAUGUGAUGCAACGUUUUGUAGGCUCCAUACUUUUGAUGAUGGACAUUUUUUUUCUUUACGAGCACACAAGGGCCGAUUUGAGUUGUCGUGUUUCCUAGUGACUCGUGCGAGUUUGGUGCGGUUUUCUAUAAUCUGAAGUACUUAACGUUCGCAGCAUUACAACUAUGUGUACAAAGUAUUCAGCCUCAAGGCUAGUUCACAUUGCUCAUCACCGGCGUCGGAGCAUCACACGAAUUUGACAUAAGCCUUACUGUCUGACCGUGGUAGUGGGUUAUUAUACAUCAAAUGCAGGAAGAUCGUUGUGUCUGCAAAGUUGAGUUCUAAUGCAACGAGCCUUAUUUCCCUCUGACCAAACACUGAACUGCAAUUAAUUUUCAGUCACAAAAACAAAAAAAUGGAAAGUACUUUUUUAAACGUAGGGUGAAAUCGAGCCUACAUAUUUGUUUCACUUGUUGAAACCUUUAUUUGUAACGCUCCCAUCUCUCGCGGGUGAUCUGGCAAUCGUCGUUUGUAUAUUUCUGCGCAGCGUGCGCCGCUGUCGAAUCCCCGAGGCAAAGGCAAAUCGAAACCAUCACGUGGACACGUUUUUCACUUUCAGUGUCCAAAGGAUGGGGUGCGUGAUGUGUCCUGAUAACCUCCGCGAUGCGUGUUACUGAGAAUAAACAAACUUUAUAGCA